AACUCACUCAGUCGCAGAGGAAUGAGAAGGUGCAAUGUUCAAACCAUGAUGCGACACAUAUGCUUGUUCUCUCCCCUGAUGGGAAGCUCUCUGAACAGUGGGCUACAGCUUCAGCUGACCGCUCUAAGACAAGGCUGGUGAAAGAACUAGGAAACCAAAAUAUUGUUCAAAUAGCAUGUGGGGACCAGCACGCCAUGGCACUGUCCAGAGGAGGUGAGCUCUUCACCUGGGGCCAGAACGCCCGCGGACAGCUUGGAGUGGGGAGCCAAACCACACUCAUCCCCCAACCGCAGCUGGUGGAAAGACUAAAGGGCCUCUCACUCGCUCACAUUGCUGCUGGAGGAGCUCACAGCACCGCCGUGUCACUCUCUGGAGCUGUGUACUCCUGGGGAAAGAACGAUUUUGGACAGCUGGGACUUGGAGACACAGAAGACAGGGACCGCCCAUCAUACGUUGGAGCGUUAGAGCACUGGAAGACUGUAUUUAUCUCAUGUGGGGCAGACCAUACUGCAGUUCUCUCCAAGGAGGGGUUGGUGUGCACCUUUGGAGCAGGAGGGGCUGGCCAGCUUGGUCACAACUCCACCCGGAACGAACUCGUGCCUCGUGUGGUGGCCGAGCUGUGGGGAGCAAGAGUUUCACAGGUUGCCUGCGGCAGACUGCACACCCUGGUCUAUGUCCCCUCCUUGGACAAAGUCUAUUCAUUUGGUGCUGCUGAAGAAGGACAGCUGGAAGAUGAGAGAAAGCCUAAUCAGUUGAUACCACUUCCCAUCAAUUCACCAGUGAAUGCUGGAAAAUCCUGUCAGGAAAGCAACGCAUCACAAAAGGCGACUGAAAUUAUUGCAGGAGGAAACCAACGUAUUGUCCUUUGCAAGAACAAGAAUUCCUAUUUGAAUGGAAUUGCCACUCUGAAGGAUAAAGAAGUGGAUGCAUGGAUUUCUAAUUCCAGUUUGCAACAUUGGGAGAUUAUAAAAAAGAAUAUUGGACUGAUCUUUUCAUCUGAGGCUUGCAUCAAUGGAAGCUUCCUGGAGAAAAGAGACAAACAUUUCAAAACUUCCAAAGAAUUCUCGGGUGUAGACAUGUCGGAAGUGCAACAUUUUUAUGAGAAGAUCAGCAAGAAGCCAAAAGUCUUCCAGGAGGUGCAAAAGGAGAUUGAGAAAUUACUGCCAUCAUUGUCUUCCUCUCCCAUCUCACCUGAAAAUUUCAGAGUCUACUUGAUCUUGCCUUUCCUUCUGCAGGGGAGAGAUGACAGCUCUUUCCGUUCUCUCAGGCUGUUAGCACAAGCCAUCACAAAGCUCCAGCCAAAGGAUCUGCAAACUCUUGAAUGCCUAUGGUCAAAUCUAGAAACAUCCUUUUUCAAGGAGCUGGUCAUUCUGUAUCAGAAGGUUUCCCAGAAAAACCUCUCUCAAUUUAUCACGGAAGUCAGCAGUUUGCAAAGAAACCCCUACAACCUGCACCCACAUGAAACAGAGACUCUGCAAAUACUGCAGAUUCUUUACCAGGUGAACUCCAGAACUGGUUUCAGAGUACAAGAAAACAACUUCUAUGUGCCUGAAGUGAAAGUGAUUAUCAAAUCGUGUCAGUUCUUUAAUGCAGAUGUAAUGGCCCUAUGGAAGCUGACCAAAUAUCCAUGCAUCUUUGACAUGCAAGACAAGAUUGACAUUCAUUAUACAGAACGCAAUGCUCUGUCCAGACCCUUUAGUGGCAUAUAA